CAACUGGAAGCCAGCAUUCUUAUAAAACCAUCAUGUUUAAAACAAAAGGUCUAAACAAAAAUAUCAAAAUAAUUACUCAACCUGAAGAGGUAAAUAAAGCCAGGGGGGCAUGACCUCCUCCCACAGGCACACCCAGGCUCGGCGUUUAAUUGGCUGGCAAUCGUUAGUGUGUGCCACAUCAUUGUUAGUAAAUAAGUCCAUGUCACUACCGAUCAUCCAGAAUAAUUUUUUCUGUUUCGAUUCAUUAUAAACCUGAGGAGAGUGCACAAAAGGCUGCAAAAAUCAUGACAGUCUUAAGAUUAAGAAAAUUUAGCAUGGAAGAAUCCUCCAACAUGGCGGAACACAGGACUAACUAUUACAGCAGCAGUGACCUGAUCUUGAGACGAGCGCAGGCCUUUAGAAUAAUGCUUUACUUCAAUAGGCCUCUUCAGGAAAAGGACAAGGUGGAAUUCACUGCAGCUACAGGACCUGACCCACAAGAAGCUGAUGAUACAAUGUGUAUAUUUCCACUGUUUGGUUCUCAAAGCAAAGCUUCUUGGACAGCCGAAGUUGAUUCCAUUGACUCUAACUGCGUCACUGCCAUAAUUACCAGCUCCGCUGAUGCUGUUAUUGGACGUUAUAAACUGCAACUUUACACCACAUCCAGUAAAAAAAAGUCAUACUUCAAAUUACGCGAGUUUGUACUGCUCUUUAACCCUUGGGCUGAAGAUGAUGUAGUGUAUAUGGAGGAUGAAAACGAGAGGUGUGAGUAUGUCUUGAAUGACCACGGUAUCAUCUACAUUGGACACGAGGAGAUGAUCGAUGAGCAGGGUUGGGACUUUGGCCAAUUUGAAGAAAAUAUUUUGGACAUCUCUCUCCAGAUCUUAGAUAGGAGUUUAAACUAUCAGGAUGAUCCAGUUUUGGAUUGUUCCCAGAGGUAUGAUCCUGGUUAUGUAGGGAGAGUACUUACUGCAAUGAUAAACAGCUUUGAUGAUGAUGGAGUACUAGAAGGGAGGUGGACUGGAAAAUUCACUGGUGGUGUUGAUCCCCAACACUGGAUUGGAAGUGUGGAGAUUCUUAUGAGAUGGUACAGGGGAGGCUACAAGCCAGUCAAAUAUGGACAGUGCUGGGUGUUUGCAGCAGUCAUGUGCACGGUACUUCGGUGUUUAGGAAUCCCAACAAGAGUAAUCACCAACUUUGCUUCUGCCCAUGACAAAGAUGGAAACCUGGGUAUUGACAGCAUUUAUAGCAGCUCAGGAAGAAAUAUGAGCAAAGACACCAUGUGGAACUUCCAUGUCUGGAAUGAGAGCUGGUUCAGAAGAAAUGAUUUAGGCUCAGCCUACAGAGGUUGGCAAGUGCUAGAUGCAACUCCACAGGAGUUAAGUGAAGGUACGUAUUGCUGUGGUCCAGCUUCGCUCCAUGCAGUCAAAGAAGGAGACGUUGAUAAGGACUACAACGUUCCCUUUGUUUUUGCUGAAGUGAAUGCCGACCGUAACACCUGGGUUUAUUAUGCUAAAGAUGUGAAAGAGAAAGUGUACACUGAUUCCAAGUCUGUGGGGAAACACAUGAGCACCAAGAGCGUUGGUGGUAAUGAACGGGUUGAAAUUACCAACAACUAUAAAUAUCCAGAAGGAACUGAGAAAGAAAGACAGGUAUAUCUGAAGGCUCGCAAGAAGUUGCUGGACAUGGGAGUUCUGAAAGAUGAAAAUCUUGGUAGGCGGUUUAUUGGAAAAAAGCGUUAUAAGAAGCGAGGCCGUGCUUCUGAAUCAGCUGAUGACAGCGAAGAGCCAACUGAGUUAGGCAUAAUUGGAAAAUUUCAGUUGGUUGCACCACCAAAAUUUGGCGAUGAUGUCAACUUAAUAUUGAGUUUAAGAAAUUCUGGUCAAAAGAGCGAAGCACUGAAAGUGAAAUUAAGUUCCUCUGCUAUUAAGUACACUGGAAGGCCAAUGUCCGAGAUAUUUUCUGAUCAAACCUCUGUGACCCUUGGCUCCAUGAAAGAGAAACAAAUCCCCAUCAACAUUGCUGCCAGUCAGUAUGAGGAGGAACUGACCAAGGACCAUCUCAUAGAAGUGGUUGCUCUUUGUGAAUUAAAAUCCAAGAAGAAGAUGUUGGUUCGUAGAGUUGUUUCUAUAGAAAAACCUCCUCUUCUUAUCCAGGUUCUUAGCUAUCCUGUGGUGGAUGAGCUGUGUGAACUACAAGUUUCCUUUAAAAAUCCCCUUUCUGUGCCACUAACUGAUGGGAUUUUAUUGUUAGGAGGAAGCGGUCUCAUCAGGAAACAGAUCAAGAGACGAGUGCCAAAACUUGGGCCCAAAGCAGAAGGCAGCAUUGUUCUGGAGAUCACUCCUUACAGGUUUGGUACCCAGCAGCUGGUGGUAGAUUUUAUCUCAAAGCAUUUCUCAGCUAUUAAAGGAUUUAAGAGGAUAGAGGUGGCAGAAGACCAUUUAGAAGACAUUUCAGAAGAAAUCAUAGUAAUUGAAGAUGAUUAACUGGAUAAUGAACUCUACUGAUAUUCCAUAAUUCAUCCAUAUUAAACAGCAUGCCUGAAAUGUUUAUCUGGCCUAUACCAUGUUUCCCUACUACAAGGUAGCAACCACUUCAAAAUACUGUAAAUCCUACUCAUAAGUAAGUCCUAUUGACCAGUGUACCAGGCACUCUGUAACUUGAGUGAUAGCACCAUAGAUGUUAUUAUCUAGAGCGUAUAAAGCACACUUUCUAAAGGAAAAUCUAGAUAUUGUUCUCCACAGACAUGCAUGGAACAUAUUUGGGCACCUUCCAUAUGAGGAAAUGGAAAUAUGCAUUGUAAUAAUAAUAAUCUGUGCACCACAAGAUCCCUCAAGUUAAUUAUCUGAGUUAAAAUUCUUACACUCUAACAUGGGGUAUCUCCUCUCUUUCUACAAACCAACAGUCACAAAACAGACAGCCUAUUGGUUUCUAUGGCAGCCCUGACUUCCGGGACAGGGUGAGACAUAGAAUGAAUAUAAAUUGGCUUCUCGGUUCUUCUUUAAAGAUCAAGUACCUUGUAAUUGUCUUCCUGUGCUUCUGGGUAAUUUGCUAUUAAUGAGAAUGUAUGAAGAGAAUGAUUAAUCAGCCAUGCUGAAGGCCGCAUGUGACCCUUCUGUGAUUAGCUGUGGCCCCUAUUCUAGGUUUACAAAAGAAAUGUUGGGUAUGUUGGCAGCUACCUCUCACUUGAAAAAAGGAAACAAGGAUCACAGACUAAAAUAUAGGAUCAAAGGGCCUGGCUCACAAGAGCUUAUAAUAAAAAAUGGUCUAAGUUUCUGGAUAUAACAUAAGUAUCAAGAACUCAAAUUGACUGAUUUUAAGAUCUGAUGAUCGCCAUAAAAGUAAUAUAGUGGUACAGGGUGUGUGUUUUCUUUUUGUUAUUUAUAUUAUCUCUAAACUUAUUUGUUACUGAAGGAUAUAUUGCAAAAUUUGAUUGUUUUUGUGUAGGCUAAUCAAUAUGAAGUUGAUGUUGCACUUUAAACAGAAUAAAAAUUGUCCUGAAUAAUA